GCUAUCUGAAUCUGGGUAUACAGUCAUGCGAGAUAUAAAUAAAUAGCAUCCCGUGAUGUGUUCGUCACUCCAUCCAGUGUUUGUUUAGUAUCACGACGGCCCCUUGGACGAAACCAUGAAAGCUGCCACGCCCCCCGCUGAACAGACGCGGGUCAACUUGACCGUGCGCCACUUUGGUCAUAAUCAAAAAUCCCUGGUCGAAGCCUACAUCUUGGCCUUUCUACUGGGGCCUCUGGGGGCUCAUCAUUUCUACCUCGGUCGACCCUGGUAUGGUGUGGCGUACUUCUUCACGUUCGGCUUGUUCGGGGUGGGGUACAUCGUAGACCUGUUCCGAAUCCCCCUGCUGGUGAGACAGGCCAAUAUGAGACAAGUGGAUCCAUCCCUAGCAGACAAAAAGAAUCUUCUCGACGCCUACGUCUUGUGGUUUCCAUGUGGGUUAAUGGGUUUUCAUCUUUUCUACCUGAGGAAACCCGGCCAGGGUAUCCUGUAUCUGAUGACCUUUGGCCUUUUCGGAAUUGGCUUCCUCGUUGACCUUUUCCGGAUGCCGUACCUCGUGAGGGAGGUGAACGACUACCCACCAGGGUACAAGCCACCCAAAUCUGUAUUCGAGGCCUACAUGUUCGGGUUGUCUCCCCUUGGGUUCCUUGGCGCUCACCAUUACUACCUCAACAGGCCAUUCUGGGGCAUUUUGUACACGUUAACACUGGGCUUGGUGGGCUUGGGGUGGCUGUAUGACUUGUUCCGGAUGCCGUGUCUGGUGCGGAGGACGAACGAGAUAAAUGCAGGGGAACGAGACGCCGGACUGAGGCAUGUGGAUGAUGUCUAUAUUCUCUGGUUCACAUACGGCUUGAGCGGAGCUCAUCACUUUUACCUCGGCCGGCCGUUGUGGGGAUUGUUGUAUUUCUUGACGCUUGGCCUAUUUGGGGUUGGUUGGCUUGUUGAUGUGUGCCGGUUGCCUGGCUUGGUUAAAGACUUCAACCGGAACUACGUUGAACGUCAGCUACUGGCACAGCAGGCUCGGCGACAGCUCGGAGGAGUCGUCACGACGACGGUGACAGGGCAGACUGUUGUGGCGACCACGCUCCCAGGAGUGCCAAUCAUGAACUCGCCCAACCAGGCACUGCCCCCACCGUAUGGCCAGGUCUACCAGGGGAGUUACCAGAGCAUCAUUCCUGGACAACCUAGCUACCAGGCACCGCAGGGAUACCAGCAACAGCAGGGAUACCAGCAACAACACGGACAUCAACAGCCGCAGGGAUAUCAACAACAGGGGUAUCAACAACCACAGGCGACAAAUGGGUACCCGGGAGUUUCUAACGUGGCAUUCGAUCCCAAUUCUGGCUCCCCAGCGGAACAGCCCCCGCCUUAUGAGGAAACAAGAACUGACGUCAAGAACGGCCCUCCUUUCUAGCUGUAACCAUAAUCGGAAACUGGUAACUUAAAUUAUCUGCCCUUUAACUUUUAUUAAGAAAAACACCUUGCAACCAUAUAAUGUUUAUUCAACAGUCUGAAGCAUAAAUAUUUUGUCGAAUUUUCUGGGACAAUAAAUUUUAUUUUUGUCGAUAAAUUCCCAGCCCAAUAUGUCUAUAACUGUACAUAAAAAUGUUGUAAAUAAAAAUGGUCACUUUU